AUUUCUGUAAAUUUGUUCAUUGUUGAUUGUUUAUACACACAACAAUUAAAAAAAUGAGUUCAGGAAAAGUUGUUGUAGGAACUAUGGGAAAUAUUGAUGAUGGUUUAUUUGAAAUUGUACUAAUAAAUGAAAAUAUGCUUGAAGAAGUUUUAAUAUUUUUAAAAGAUCAGUUUUUUACAUCAGAACCGAUAUGUAAAGCUAUUAAUGCAGUAGAGAAACCAAUGCUUCUCAAGGAUUUUGCCAAAUUGGUGACAAUGAUGAUUACAAAAGAAGGCGAAGGAUCUUUUGUAUCAGGAGCUGUUAUUGAAAAAUCGACGAAUAAAAUUAUUAGUGUCGGGUGUGGCUCAUUGCGGCCAAAGAGGAACAAUCAAUCAUAUUUUGGUGAAUUUGCUGAGAAAUAUUGCGAGGAUGAUCUUGCAAAAAAAUUGUUGCAAUUUUUGGAUGCAGCCACUACGAAAGUCAAUAUAUAUGAUCAUUUCAACGUGGAUUACUUAAUUGAAGUGAAUGUUUUGGUGACACAUGAAAAUUAUCGUCGAAAAAACUUUGGGAAAAAAUUCGGAGAUUUUGUAGUAGAUACAGUUUUGCAACAAAAUCUCUCUAUUUUCUUAUCAGAGUAUGAACAUGUUUUAGAAAAUUUCGCUAAUUAUGCAGUUCGUGCUGUAUGUACAUCUCAAUUUUCAAAACGUAUUGCAAAUAAAGGAGGAUGUGACGAUUUAUGUUCUACUAAUUUAAGUGAAUUAAAUCUAAAGGAAUAUGCGGAUAAAUUUUCUAAAUCGCAGAAAGUUUUUACUGUUGGUUGUAAAUUAACUAAAUUGGUAUUGCAAACGUAUGCCAGUAAAUAUUAGGCAUACAAAACCACGUAGGCAUAUAAGAGACUCUUUUUCUUGUUUUUCAAUUUUCCCCAGUCGUUCCGUUAGAGGCCGUUCAAAGGUAUGUCACGCUAAAUUACACCAUUUUUGACUCCUCCUCCUUUUCGUCAUGGUGCGCCACCCAAUUAGCAACCCCCUUGUUAAAUCUCCAUCAUGAAAGCUUGGGGGACAUCAUAUUUUAUUAUUUCAAUUAUAAAAUUUCAAAAAAUAUCUAAAACAAUAUCUAUCCUGUUUCUUCAGAGUUUGAUGGGGGGGGGGGGGGAUAUCAUGUUCUGACAUCAAAUUGGACCUAGUCCUCUAGGUUGCUUUUAUUGCCAAUUUAGAUCCUAAAAGGUAAAAGAUAAAAUAAUACUUUUUAAUUAAAACAUUUUUUCGAAAAUCGUUAGCUUUCGGAGUAAAUGCGACUUAAAAAAUAUGUCAUUAUUGUAUUUAAUCGAAAAAGAAACACGUUAGCUAAAAAUUGUUAACGGCAAUAGAGGGCAUUUGCUUGUAUCCAUGGCUUUGAACUGAAAUUCUAGUUUCAAGGUCAUUUGACUUUAAUCUUCAAAUGAUCUUGAAAAUUUACCUGACCUUAAAAGUUAUUAACACAGACGAUUGACCUUUGUUAUUGUCCUUAUUGUAACUUUUAUCUACAAAUCUUUUUUUCGAUUAAAUGCAAUGAUGGCAUAUUUUUAAGUCUCAUUCAGUAAAAACAAGGUUUUUAAUGAAAUCUUAAUUGACUAUUAAAGCAACCCGGGGAAUUACAGAUCCAAUUUAAUGUCAGCACAUGAUGUUCCUCAUCAAACUCUGCAACUUUUGUUAAAGUAAUUUUUAUUUGUGAUUGGUUAACUACAAAACGAGCUAUUAGCCAUAAUAGAUUAAAAUGU